AUGUCGGUUCCGUUUGAGAAACUCCAGCUAAUGAAGCUUCUUGACGAGAGAGUGUUUGUAACAUGGGUCGAUGAAUCAGGUACAACUCUCAUGCUAGGUUCUUGCUUGAAUCAUAACAAGCAGAAUCCCAAAUUUUUCAUGACUGCAUACUAUGAUAUAGAAGGACAUAUUCAUAUUCACCUUAAGCUUGAGGUGUCUAUCAAGCUUGCUGGCAAGGUGCAACAAAUGGACAUGUUGUUGGUUAUUCCUCCAGACGCCGACUUCGCAAGUGCCUCUACGCCUCAUCCAAUAUCGAGCAUCGAUGAUUUAUCUGACGACGCUUCUGUCAUUCACGAAGCCGGUUUAAGCCGUUCAGAACAUGUCUUUCUUAUACAAUUCAAUCUCACUGCGAAGGGAUUCGUCGUUACGAAGAACAGGACUUCUUCGAUUAUUAGGCUCAACACUACGACUGCAAAGAAGUUGAUUCGUAACCUUGAAUCUCUGUCUAAUACAACGAUCUUCAGCGUAUACAUCAGGCCAAGCACUUACGCGGAGGUGAGCCUGAAGAACCUUCGCGAGCAAUUGAGCAACACUUGUACUGCUACCGAUACACGCAAAAUCAACAUGAAGGAAAUGUACGUUCAACAAGGGGCUAUGUUGGUGGAAUGGAGUAGAUUCGUAUAUGAGAAUCAACAACGCCCACGACCAGCACAUCCUCAGCCAUCUCCGGAAGCGCAGAUUCUUCGGUCACCACUGGUGCUGGAAGAUGUUCCCUUCGAUAUCGAGUUCGAAGAUUCGGAUGAGAAACGUCUCGCUGACUUUAAUUCUCAAGAACUAAGUCGGCAAUUCAACCAUGAUCUAAUAGUUUCAAAGAUGCUCGAGUCAAAGUUCGUGGAGUGGAUACAAAGAGCAACACGGAUAAACCCAAAUGUGCACAAACACAAACGUUUAAUUACCAAGUUAUUCACUCUAGGUAAUUGUGUCCGUACAUCUAAUAGUGGCGUAUUUGAUGCUACUAUACACUGGUGCUCUGCGCUAUUCUUCUAUGACCCGUUCGAUUCCGACAAUACUCUCGGGUUAUGUGAGACAAAUUCAUGGCUCAUCUCAGAUAUAGCCAAGCUGAUUGAAUGGGCUAAUGAGAUUCAAUAUGGCGCCGAGAUGAGUCCGUUGUUGGUUAAUGAUUUUAUGAAGCUGGGUAAUACUGCUCGCACUGUUGCUCUACAUUCUGGAUAUCACAAAUACGGGUAUAUCCUUCAGAAAAGUGUUUGUAUUGCUCAUGUUCUAACGGGAUAUGUCAAGCCGGGUACUCUUGCUGUGAGGUUCUAG